AUGAACCGUUACAUUUGUUCCUUGUUCAUCCUGGGUCUUUUGAUCUUUAUCACCACUGGUGUCUACGCUGACUGUAGUCCCUCUCCAAAUUGUGGCUGUCCGUCUACACUUUCCUGUAAAUGCCCUUCGACGGAUACCGGUGGUCUAUUUUGUGGAUUUGAAAUGGAUUGUAGUGGAACCUUUGAACCUCAACUCGGUAUCAGCGACAUUUGGCAAUGCUCACCUGGUGGUAAUCUCAAUUGUCGCUUCGGUCCUUGCACUAUUGGCUGUUGUGCAGUAAACGGUGGAGAUAGCUUUUGUUGCAAGGAACCCAAUUGUGCUGAUUGCCCUAGCGUAUCUGUACUUUCUUAA